CAUCGUCCUCCACCCUCUCUACUAAAAGUCCCCACCGCGAAGUACCAGACCAUUACAGACGAUGGCAACUUCAUCGCCUCGUUCGAUACCCCGAUUUUCCCAGUUCGUGGCCCUCUUUCUCUUACUUGGCUUCGGCAAAACAUCUCGCGCCGGUGACCCUCCGUUGACGCUGGACUACUACAAGUCGUCAUGUCCGUCGGUGCUCGAGAUCGUGAGGAAGGAGAUGGAAUGCGCCGUGCUCUCCAAUCCUCGCAACGCCGCGUUCAUCAUUCUGUUGCAUUUCCAUGACUGCUUCGUUCAGGGAUGCGACGGGUCGGUUUUGCUGGACGACACUAUCACACUCCAAGGAGAGAAGAAAGCUCCCACCAACAUACACUCUCUCGGAGGGUUCAGGAUCAUCGACCGCAUCAAGAACAUGCUCGAAUCCGAGUGCCCCGGAGUCGUCUCCUGCGCCGACAUACUCACUGUUGCCGCGAGAGAUGCGACGCUUCUGGUCGGUGGACCUUAUUGGGAUGUUCCCUUGGGAAGAAAGGACUCGAGGACGGCGAGCUACGACCUCGCCGCCACCAACCUCCCGACAGCCGAUGAGAGCCUUCCGUCCAUUGUCACCAAGUUCCUCUACCAAGGCCUCUCCGUCACCGACAUGGUCGCUCUCGCCGGGGCUCACACGGUCGGGAUGGCGCGGUGCGAGAAUUUCCGGGCGCGGAUCUACGGGGACUUCGAAGCCACGUCCGAGAAGAGUCCAGCCUCGGAGGCGUACCUCGGCCACUUGAAGUCGAUCUGCCCCCCGGUAGGGGGAGGGAAUAACACCGUCGCGCCCCUGGAUUACGUCACCCCCAACCUGUUCGACAAUUCCAUCUACCACUUGCUCCUGCAGGGGGAGGGCCUGCUCAACUCAGACCAGGAGAUGUACUCGAGCAUCCUGGCGGUGCAGACGAGGGACAUCGUGAGGAAGUACGCGGCCGACCCGAUCGCCUUCUUUGUGCAGUUCUCGGAGUCGAUGGUGAGGCUGGGGAACAUCACGAACCCGGAGAGCUUCGCCAAUGGGGAAGUGAGGAAGAACUGUAGAUUCAUCAAUACAUGGGCUCCGGAGAUUUGAGGAAUCGAUUGUUACUUGUUCUCCCUCUAUUCUAUUCCAAUCACAACAAUGAUCAUGCAAUAGUGAAAAAGGAAAGGCAAACGGAAGGCCUUGUGUCAAUGUGGGAAAUCAUGGGAAUCGCACCGUUUUGGAUUUCCUUCCUUUUGUUUUUUUGGAUUUAUCGAAUUGAUGCUUGAAAAGUCGUCAA